AUGGCCUACGUGGGAAAAGUAGAGGAGUUUGAUAGCGCAAGUGAAGACUGGGAAUCAUACAUAGAGCGAGUGGAGUUGUACUGCAACGCUAAUGAUGUUGAUGACGAGAAAAGAAGCUUCAAGAGCGCAACCUACAGACCAGAACAGAGACUGUCACAGUUAUUGGAGGCUAAUGCAAAAGUGUUUGAGAAAGGCAUUGGAAAACUGAAACACUUGAAAGCAAAAAUCGAACUUGACAAAGAUGCCAACUCAAGAUUCCACAAAGCGCGCCCGGUGCCAUAUGCAUUACGUCCCAAGAUAGACGCCGAACUACAGAACCUGGAGGAAUCUGGCAUUCUCUCAAAAGUUGACUGGAGUGACUGGGCUACGCCCAUUGUCCCCGUAAUGAAGAAAGGCAAAAGUGAAGUGCGAAUAUGUGGGGACUUCAAGGUGAGCAUCAACCCGGUGCUGCGCACAGUGCAGUACCCCCUGCCACGAAUUGAAGAUAUCUUCUCAUCAUUGGCUGGUGGGGAGAAGUUUUCGAAGAUUGACUUAUCACAGGCUUAUCUCCAGAUGGAAGUAGAGGAGUCAAGCAAAAGGUUCCUGACCAUCAACACACAUAAGGGACUUUAUCAAUACAAUCGUCUUGUGUUUGGUGCUGCUUCAGCCCCAGCCAUCUGGCAACGAGCCAUGGAUCAGGUGCUCCAGGACAUACCUAGAACUCAAUGCUACCUGGAUGAUAUUAUCAUAACAGGAAAAGAUGAUGAUGAUCACUUCCAGAACCUGAGCAAAGUACUCACUAGGCUGAAUGAGUGUGGCCUACGGGCAAAGAGAGAGAAGUGUGAGUUUCUCAAAACCAAAAUCUCAUACUGCGGUCAUGUAAUCGACAAGCAUGGCCUGCAUAAAUCACAAGAGAAGAUCGAGGCGGUGCUAAAAGCACCUAAACCUGAAAAUGUGUCACAACUUAGAUCCUAUCUGGGUCUCGUCAACUAUUACCACAAGUUCCUACCGAACCUUGCCUCGGUGCUGCAUCCAUUAAAUGCACUACUACAGAAAGGAGUGGAAUGGGAUUGGUCAGAAAAAUGUGAAAAAGCAUUCACAGAAACAAAAAGACUGAUGACAUCUGACGAGCUUCUGACCCACUAUGAUCCCUCCAGACCCAUCCGUCUAGCAUGUGACGCGUCCCCGUACGGCAUUGGCGCAGUCUUGUCGCAUACAAUGGAUAAUGGACUUGAACGCCCAAUUGCAUUCGCUUCAAGGUCCCUCUCAAGUGCCGAACGCAAUUACGCACAGAUAGACUGGGAGGCCCUUAGCCUAAUAUGGGGUAUUAAAAAGUUCCACCAGUACCUCUAUGGCCGAAAGUUUACCUUAGUGACUGAUCAUCAGCCCCUAGUAUCAAUAUUUAAUCCAAGGAAAGGAGUCCCAGUGAUGUCAGCCGCACGACUACAGCGAUGGGCCCUGUUCUUAGGGGCACACUCGUAUGACAUUGAGUUCAAGGGGACUAAACAACACUGCAAUGCUGAUGGCUUGUCACGCCUCUCACUCUCAACACCUGUGGAUGAACCAUCACAAAAGGGUGACCCUGCAGAAAUGUUCCACACAACACUGGUAGACCAGUUGCCAGUUACAAACGCCAUGAUACGAAAAGAAACGCGGAAUGACCCAACACUUUCCAAGGUGUAUGACAUCACCUUACAAGGUUGGCCUGCCCAUGGGAAUCCAUGUUUUCCGGAGUUUUCAGCAAGACGUGAUCAGCUGUCAGUCUGCCUGGGAACCUUGAUGUGUGGAUCACGGGUGGUAGUACCUUCCAAGCUUCGCACCAGAGUGUUGGACAGUCUACAUGAGGGUCACGUGGGUACGCUGAAGAUGAAAAGUCUGGCCCGUAGCUACGUAUGGUGGCCUGGGAUAGAUAAACAAAUUGAGGACAUCACCAAAACCUGCCCAGGAUGCCAGGGCAUUCAAAACGCGCCGCCACAGGCUCCCCUACACCCAUGGGAAUGGCCGUCUACACCCUGGCAGAGAGUACACAUUGAUUUUGCUGGUCCAUUCAUGAACUCCAUGUUUCUCAUAGCUGUGGACGCACACUCAAAAUGGCCUGAAGUAGUCACAAUGAAAUCAACAUCAUCUGAAAAGACUAUUUCUGUCCUGAGAACCAUCUUCGCCAGGAAUGGCCUGCCUGAGCAAAUUGUGAGUGACAACGGCCCACAGUAUACUUCUGAAGAGUUUCAAGAGUUCAUGAGAAAGAAUGGUAUCAAGCACUUCAAGUCAGCACCUCACCAUCCAGCAACAAAUGGCUUAGCAGAACGGUUCGUACAAACAUUCAAAAAAUCCAUAAAAGCAAUGAUCAAAGAAGACAUCUCUCUUCAACACAAAAUCGACAACUUCCUUCUGGUGUACCGCAAUUCUGUCCAUGCCACAACGAAUCAGACGCCUGCAAUGUUGUUUGUGAACAGACGGCUCAGAUCUCGUAUGGACCUUCUGAAGCCCAACCUGAGGAGAGACGUGCAGAACAAACAGUUCAGUGACUUUUCAGGUGAAACAGCAAGAAGCUUCGAUGUGGGACAGCAUGUACUGGCUCGUGACUACCGAGGGGACAAGUGGACGCCUGGGAAGAUAGUCACAAGGAGCGGCCCUCUGAUGUACGAGGUGGACACGGGAGUCACGUUUUUGGACGACACGGAGCUGCAGCCAUCGGAAGAACAUCGUUUCUAUGGUGGCCAGGAGCUUUACAUCUACAAUCUGAGCCUCAGCCUGGGGGUGGUCCCCACUUUGUGGUGGACCUCCUGUGUGGUACCAGUUCCCAAAACGCUGAACGCCAAGGCCCACUUUAGACCAGUCACCCUGACCUCCCACCUGAUGAAGACCAUGGAGCGCCUCAUCUUAGCUCCCCCACACACCGUGGUGAGCCCCGCCCUGGACCUGCUGCUGUUUGGUUACAGGCCCAACAUUGGAGUGGAGGAUGCCUUCAUCUUAGCCUGA